UUCUUCAAAUUUUAUAAUAGUGCCUGUAAUUUAAUUUCAACUUCUGAAAAUAUUCAUUAAAGAAAAUGUUCCGACAAGACAGACGACUCUAAAAUGGACAAUGAAUCCACACUGUUCUUCCAUCAAGAUCUUACAAAUCGCUGGAGUAGAGAAAAUCGAAUUACAAACGUCGCUGUCAAAUUCAAAAAAGAUCGCAUCUUAAGAAUUGGGAUCUUGAUCUUCAUAACUCCGGACAAGAGAAAAGUAGCCGAUCUUGUGGAAGAAGAUGACUUUUAUUUGUUCUUAUUUACAUUCGCACAUACUUACAUAAUCGCUAAAAUGGCAAUAAUAACGAAUUAUUGGGCUUUGGAUAGCAUCACGAUUUUAACAGUAACAAGCGUGAUAGUCGCAUAUUUUUUUAUGACCCGCAAAUUUAACUAUUGGAAAAAACGAGGCGUUUACGAGAUAAAACCGUUACCGUUUUUGGGCAACUUCGCGAACUGCGUGCUCCUAAAACAAGCACCUGGCUAUCUCUUCAGAGAUAUUUAUAACAAUGCGAAAGGACAACCAUAUGUAGGUCUAUACAUAUUCGACAAACCUUGCCUACUGGUGCGCGAUCGUGAAAUGAUAAAAAAUAUAUUAAUAAAGGACUUCAAUCAUUUUUGUGAUCGGUUGAUAAAGACCAGUUCUAAUGAUCGUCUCGGAUGUUCGACACUGUUUCUCAUGAGAAAUCCAACUUGGAAAAUUAUGAGAAGCAAGUUAACGCCGGUCUUUACGUCUGGCAAACUAAAGAGAAUGUUCGAUUUAUUGUUGGAAUGCACUGUCAAUCUAGAUACAUAUCUCGAUUCGUUGGAAUUAGAUGGAAACGGGAAGAUGAUGGAUGUGAAAGAUUUAUUCGCCAAUUUAACUACGGACAUGAUCGGCACCAUAGCUUUCGGUCUUAAAAUUGAUUCAGUGAACAAUCCGAACUGUGAGUUUCGUAAAAACGGAAGAAUGAUCUUCGAUGUUAACAGCAUCGUCCGCGGCGUGCAGUUGCUCAUAGCAUGCUUUUAUCCGGAAUUAGCCAAUGCCGCCGGUGUAACGGCGUUUGGCGAUAAAUGUACUGUUUUCUUGCGCAAGGUUUUCUGGGAUAUAAUCAAUCAUCGCAUGGAGUCCGGCCAAAAGCGAGGAGACCUCAUCGACAUUCUUAUCGAUUUUAAGGAAGAAUGCACCAAUGAGGAUUUGGGAGAUUUCAAAUUUGAAGGAGACGAUCUAGUGGCGCAAGCUGCUAUAUUCUUCCUCGGCGGUUUCGAGACCAGCUCAUCGACAAUAUCUUUCACGUUAUACGAGCUCGCGAUACAUCCCGAGAUUCAAGAUAAAUUGAGAAGAGAAAUUCUCGAUGCACUUUACGAAACCAAUGGAAAGAUCACGCACAACAUGGUUCUAUCGCUGCCUUACCUUGACAUGGUGCUUUCUGAAUCAAUGAGAAAGUACCCAGUACUUUCGAUCAUAGAUCGCGAGACAAUAGUACCUUACAAAAUACCAAACUCUGAUCUAGUUAUCGAGAAAGAUACGCCGAUUUUUUUGCCGAUACUCGGAUUGCACCAUGAUCCAGAAUACUUUUCUGAUCCUGAGAAGUUCGAUCCAGAACGAUUCAACGAGAAGAACAGGUGCAACAUACCGUCUUGCACAUACUUGCCAUUCGGAGCUGGUCCUCGCGCAUGUAUUGGCAUGCGUUUAGGACUUCUGCAAUCGAAAUUGGCGAUCAUUAAAACAUUGCACCGAUACGAGCUGAUACCAUGUGAGAAGACUUUAAUACCGAUGGUACUUGAUCCAAAAAGUCCCACAACAACAGCAAUGGGCGGUAAAAUAUAUCUCAACGUACGAAAGCUAAACAUACGGACGAACAUCGAAAUAAUCACUAAGAUGACGAUUAUCACAAGUUAUUACAUUCUGGAUGUCAUAAUGACUCUAACAAUAACAAUCGUGGCAGCCGCAUAUCUUUUCAUGACUCGUAAAUUCAACUAUUGGAAGAGCCGAGAUGUUUUCGAGAUAAAACCGUUGCCAUUUUUUGGCAACAUUAUAGAUUCUGUGUUAUUAAAACAAUCGCCUGGUUUUAUUAUGUGGGACAUAUACAACAAAGGGAAGAACCAACCUUAUAUAGGUUUUUAUAUAUUCGACAAGCCUUGCUUGUUGAUACGUGAUAAAAAAAUAAUAAAAGAUAUAUUAAUAAAGGACUUUAAUUAUUUCUGCAAUCGAUACGUUAGUUCUAAUCCAAAGGAUCGCCUGGGUUACUCCAACCUUCUACUCAUGAAAAAUCCAACAUGGAAAAUUGUAAGAGCUAAGUUAACACCAAUAUUCACGUCCGGCAAGCUCAAAAGAAUGUUUGAUUUGUUGAUGGAAUGCACUGUCGAUCUAAACAGAUAUCUUGACUCAUUGAAAUUAGAUGAUAAGGAAAAGCCGAUAAAUGUGAAGGAUAUGUUCGGAAAUUUAACUACGGAUAUGAUCGGCAGCACCGUUUAUGGGCUCAGAAUUGGUUCGGUGAACAAUCCAGAAUGCGAAUUCCGUAAAAAUGGGAGGGACAUUGUUAAUUUUAAUAUCCUCCGCAGCUUUGAACUGUUCAUUGUCUUCUUCUAUCCGGAAAUAUCUCGUUUAUUCGAUAUAAGAUUUUUCGGUAAGAAGAGCUCUAUCUUCUUGCGCAAUGUUUUCUGGAAUGCAAUCAAUCAGCGCAUGGAAUCAGGCCAGAAGCGAAAUGAUCUCAUCGAUUCCCUGAUCGAUUUUAUAAAAUUCAACGCUAAUGAAGACUUAGGAGAUUUUAAGCUUGAAGGGGACGAUCUAGUGGCGCAGGCGGCUAUUUUCUUUGCCGCGGGUUUCGACACCAGUGCAUCGACGAUGUCUUUCACAUUAUACGAACUCGCGAUGCAUCCAGAGAUUCAAGACAAACUCAGGAAAGAAAUUCUCGACGCAUUUAACGAGAACAAUGGAAAGUUUACAUAUGAAAUGAUUCUGUCACUACCGUAUCUUCACAUGACGAUAUCCGAAACCUUGAGAAAAUAUCCAACAUUGCAGAUCCUAGAUCGUGAAACAGUGCAGUCAUACAAAGUGGCCAACUCCGAUUUAAUUAUUGAGAAGGGCACGCCAGUUUAUAUCUCGUUAUUCGGCUUGCACUAUGAUCCGGAAUAUUUCUCCGAUCCCGAAAAGUACGAUCCGGAGCGAUUCAACGAAGAGAAUAUUCACAGAAUACCGCAAUGCGUGUACUUGCCAUUUGGAGAAGGUCCUCGCAAGUGUAUAGGCAUCCGUUUGGGGCUUCUGCAGACGAAACUGGCGCUCACCAUGAUUCUGAGCCAAUACGAAGUGACACCAUGUGAGAAAACUAUAAUACCGAUGGUUAUAGAUCGGGCAGCUCCUUUCACGAUACCGUUAAGUAAUAAAAUAUGGCUCAACUUACGAAAAAUUAAAACAAAGUAAAACAAAUUCCAUUUAAAAUCAGACAAUUUUUUUUCAUACAAUUUAAUAUCCAAUCAUUGCGCGUGUGUACAACUCGCUCAAUAUAUUAAAUAACUGCAGAGGUUGCACAAUGAUAAGAAUGUGUUAACAUGAGGUUUCAAACAAUUUUAUCAAGCGAGGUCUGAUAAUACAGUGAUUACUGGCAACGAGAUAUUGACUUAUUUUAGUUGAAUGGAGCCUAUCGAAUCUUUCGCUUGCCCUUAUAUUAUUCACGUUGUACUCAAUAAAAUUAUUAUUAUCGUUAAAAGUGUUGAGUUGCUAGACAUAUGUACGUCGCCCGACAGAGGUAGCUCAUAAUUAUUCUUUCUUAAAAAACGAUAACGGUAUCUCGAUUCUUAUUCAAAAGAAGUGCUAUUUAUAAUGUAAAGUAUAAUAUGACGCAUGAGAAAGCAAUAUUUCUAAUAGAUCCUUGCCGUUUCGUGAAGUAUUUCAUGGCCAUAAUGCAUGAAAGUAUCAGCACGUAUACGAACGAGAGUGGCGGAGAGGUCCUUGUUAUUAUUAUAAUAUUGUGACAUUUAAGACGUUCGCUAUGUAUGUCCUAGAUAUGAGUCGGCACAUAUUUUUACGAGAUAUACAGAUAAUCCAUGUCAUAGUACACUAGAAACGUUGAAGUGUGGCAAUACAAAGUUAGCAAAGCUGUUUGCGAUAUAAGUAUAAGUAUAAGGUUAAGACUUAAGAUGUAUGGUAAGUACUUAGACUUAAAAUAAGAAUGUAUGUAGUGAAUUAAAAACUUGAGUUAUUUUUGUAAUUGUGGUAACUGCAAAUAUAUCGUAUUGUUACGUCAAGAGAAA